CUCAAUUAUCCACCGAAAUGGUUGUUAAAAUCAAUUGGUGUGUAAUUUUCCUGUUGGGAGUUUUUUGUACAGUUCUUUCAGAGAAGCACGUUGUCUGUUACUACGCAUCUUGGGCAACAUAUCGACCUGGGCGAGGUGAGUUCAACGUGGAUGACAUCGAUCCCCAUCUGUGCUCCCAUCUGGUAUAUGCAUUCUUUGGGUUGUACGAAAAUGGAACGGUGGCUGUGCUGGACCCUUGGUUGGAUUUGGAAGACAACUGGGGUCAUGGUAACAUACGACGGUUCAACGAGCUGAAGAAUGUAAAUCCAAGCUUGAAAACUCUGGCUGCCGUCGGAGGGUACGGACAAGGAUCAGAGAUUUUCUCUACGGUGGCAGCUGAUUCUUCGUUUAGACAGAUCUUUGCAGUAGAUGCACGUGACUUUUGUCUUCGACAUGGCUUUGAUGGGAUGGAUAUAGGUUGGGAGUUUCCUGGACAGCGUGGAGGAGACCCGGAAAUUGAUAAGGUGAAUUUUGUUUUACUGCUCGCUGAUAUGAAGCGAGUGUUUGCAGCAAGUGGAUUGUUACUGACAGGGGCUCUGGCAGCAGCACAGAAUUUAGCCGAGAUCUCGUAUGAUAUACCAGCAGUUUCACAACAUUUAGACUAUAUAAACCUGAUGGCAUAUGAUUUCAACGGUGGAUGGAACACAUUUACAGGACAUAACUCCCCUUUGUACACUGGACCAGCGGAUGCUUCUGAUUUCCAGAGACUAUUGAAUGUUCAUCAUAGCGUGUCGUAUUGGUUGCAACAGGGAGCACCAGCUUCGAAGAUCAAUCUUGGAAUCCCUUUUUACGGAAGAUCGUUCACUUUGGAAAACAAGUUGAACUAUGGCUUACGCGCCGAUGCACGUGGUCCUGGAAUUCCUGGAAUUUACACUCAAGAAGCGGGAUCUUUAGCUUAUUAUGAAAUUUGCGCGCUAUAUUCAAGCGCAAACUGGGUUCGUCAUUGGGACAAUGACCAGAAAAUUCCAUAUGGUGUCAUAGACGACCAAUGGAUCGGUUAUGACGAUAUUGAAACAAUAGGAUACAAGUGCAACUAUAUUCACGAACAUAAUUUGGCUGGCGGAAUGGUUUGGUCCAUUGAGAAGGACGACUUUCACGGAUACUGUGGGCCUAAGUUUGCCAUGUUAACUACUCUUCGCGCAUGUCUAGGCAGCUGAUGUUGUAUAUCUGUUUUCGAACGAUGUUCACUAGUUCUGUUAGAAAUUAAAAACGAAUCAAGCAAUC